AUGACCAGGGGGCAAAGGAGGGAGCGCACCGACACGUCACAAACGCCGUCGCCGCGGCUCGGACACGUGCCGCUCGAAUUCACGAGCAGGAUGCGUGUCUCGGUCUACUCCACGUCGGUGCACUCCACGUCGUGCCUCGGAGCGUACACGGCCGCGGCGCGUGAUGCCCGUCGACUCCGCCACCGCCGCCUCGCCACCACCGUCUGUCGAAACAAGCGCGAGAUCUCGAGCAAGCUGAACCUCGACCUCGACCUUGGUCAGGUUCUCGGCACGGUGAAGAGGAACGAGGGGCUGUAUGACAACCUACCUCCCGGCAAGGUUGGCCUAUUCGGCCUGAGGGAGACGUUCGCGUACCUGAAUGACCCAAACAAGUUCAUAAGGACUCGCGUAGAGAAGUACGGCCCUGUCUUCAAAACGGCGUUCUUCUUCAAGCCAGCGGUGGUGUUCGGCAGCCCCGAGGCCAUCAGGGAGUUUAAGGAUUUCGAGGGUGAUCUCCCAGCGGAUGCGGCGUUGCCCGAGACGUUCAGGGAACUCCACACGGAGUACGGCGCUCUCAGGAUGAGCGGUGAGAGGCACAAAGCCACCAGGGCGAACUUCGGCAAGGUUCUCGGGCGAUCUGCGCUCACGCAUUACACCCCUAUUCUAGCAAAGUUGACGAGGGAUUUCGUGAAGGGGGAGCUGCUGGAGAAGCGAACCCUUCAGCCGGGGUACGACUGCCGCCAGUUUUGUCUGAAGGCGCUCUUUCAGCUCUUCCUCGGCACGGUCCCUCCCCAAGACAUCAUGGAGAAGAUGUACUUUUACAACGAAGGGUUGCUUGCCCUCGGGAAGCUCUCUCCAGAGUUCACCGAAGGAAAGAAGGCGCUCGAGGAUCUCCAGGAGUUUUGCCUCAAACAUUUCCGCACCGUGCGCGCGCAGGGGAAGCUAGACGACCCCGAGUACUUCUUCCUGAAGCAGUACAGCCAGGCCACGGACGAAAACGGCGACCUCUUUACCGACGAGCGGGUGGCAGUCACGACGAUUCUCAUGAUAUGGGGAGCGUUCAUUGAAGCGGCGGCGUCCAUGGGACACACCACGUGGCUGCUCAUGAGAAAUCCAGACAAGGCGAAGAAGGUGCGCGCAGAGUGUCGCUCCAGCUUCUCCAGGGAGGAGCUCGACAGUGGGAAACUAACCCUCGACGACGUCUACACGAAGCUGACCUUCACCGAGUGCGCGAUCAAGGAAGCUCUGAGAGUGAUGCCGCAAACUGCUGGCGGGCUUCGCGUGAAUCCGGAGACACGGACUCUUGCGGGGUUUACCGUACCCUCGGGAUACGUCCUCACCGCGGAUCCGAGAAUCGCAUUCUUGAACCCCGAUUUCUUUCCAGACCCUGAGGACUACAGACCAGAGCGUUUCCUUCCGGCCGAAAAUCCUGCGAUCACCCCCGAUAAUUUCUUUCCGGGUGGCAUGGGGCAGCACAAAUGUCCUGGCAUCUCGCUGUCCAAUCUGAUGGUGUCGAUCUAUCUACUUUACCUGUAUUCGUGCUUUGACAAGUGGGAGCCCGACAUGUCAGCCGAGGAGAUGGAUUCAGAAGAUCCCCAAUACAUCCAGGUACCCAUAGUUAUUAUAGACGACAGGUAUCAGCUGAAACUCGAACGGAACUGGCAAUACGAAAUGUAA